AAAUUCGACGACUUUCGACGAGUGCUGUCAGUGGAGUAAAUAAAAAUGCCUCUCAUGUGUUGUGCAAAUCUCACCAAAAGUUCUCUCAAAAAUGUGUUGAGGUACGCAAUUUCACGGAACAUCCAUGCAUCGCAAGUAUAUCGACAUGGAGAAUUCGAGUGGCAGGACCCCAAGUCAGAGGACGAAGUUGUCAACAUCACGUACGUGGAUAAGGAUGGAAAGCGAUCGCCGGUGAGGGGAAAAGUGGGAGAUAAUGUUCUUUACCUGGCGCACCGACACGGCAUUGAGAUGGAGGGCGCUUGCGAGGCUUCCCUGGCGUGCACCACAUGCCAUGUGUACGUGAAAGAUGACUACCUGAGUCACCUGCCAGAGUCCACAGAGAAGGAGGACGACUUGCUGGACAUGGCGCCUUUUCUCAAGCAGAAUUCCCGCCUUGGCUGUCAAAUAGUGCUGACAAAGCAGCUCGAGGGCCUAGAAUUGCAACUCCCGAAAGCGACCAGGAACUUCUAUGUCGAUGGCCAUAAGCCGAAGCCUCACUGAUCGUAUCUCCACUGCAAGGUAUACUUUAAGGUCUCACACUUUUAGAACAAUAAAACAGCAAUCUUGAGAAACGGUGACUCAUGGAGAUUCACGUGAUCCUCCG